AAGGAGCGCUGCUGUUGGGAGCGAGGAGCGCGGAGCCUCAGCGGAGCCUCAGAGGAGCAGGGGUUUAAUAACGGGGCUGGAGCCGGGGGACGCGGCACGAGCUCCCGCUACAGCUGCGGCCCGCGGGCGAGAGCGCCGGACCCGUCUCUCCGCAGAAACUUCACUCAGAAGUUUUAGACCGGACUGGAGCAGCGAGCAGCGGACGGUCAGUCACGGGGAGGAAACCGGACAGCAACGCGCUUUCCCCAGGACUUUUACCGUAUGACCCGACCUCCCGAGCGCGGGGCGGUGGACGUGGACGUUUCCCCGGGAGGACAGUGAUGGAGAGGCGCUCGAGCUGAAGCCCAAAAGAUUGUGAAACUCCCCGAGCCGGAAAAAAGGAGUGACCCUGUGGAAGCUCGCGCUGUUUGUCAGGCUCGAGCGGAGCGGCAGCUUCGUUCCGUUGCGUCACUAGCAGCAGUUUUCUGCUCGCGCUGAUGACAUGGGGUGAUGUGACCGUCUGGCUGGGCUAAAGGUUUGUGAUGCCGUCCCGGGCCCGCGUGCUCCUCGCGCUGCUCCUCGCGCUCGCGCUCGCGCCCGCGCCGCUGGCCCGCGCGUGCCAGGAUCUGUCCGCCCUCGGCUGCAGCUGCACGGAGGAGCGCGCGAAGGGCUCCGGGAGCCGCAAGAGAGUGAGCUGCGCGGGCAGGGAGCUCGUAGAUCCGCCCGGAGCGCACGCGCUGCCCAACAAGACCGCGAGCCUGAACCUCAGCAACAACCGAAUCCGUAUUCUGAAAAAUGGCUCCUUUGCCGGCUUGUACUCCCUGGAUAAACUGGACCUCAGGAAUAACUUGAUUAGCACCAUAAUGCCUGGAGCCUUCCAGAGUCUGACAGCGCUGCGGAAACUUGACCUGUCCAACAACCGGAUUGGCUGCCUGACUCCAGAGAUGUUCCAGGGACUUACCAACCUCACCAAACUUAACAUCUCGGGCAACGUCUUCUCCUCACUGGAGCCCAACAUCUUCCAGGAGCUUCCCUCUUUAAAGCUGGUGAACUUUGACUCAGAGUUAUUGUCCUGCGAUUGCGGCCUGCAAUGGGUGCCGGGAUUCUUUCGCACCAGCUCGGCCCGGCUUGGAGAUGAGACCUACUGCUCGUAUCCAAGAAGGCUCCAGAACAGGCAGCUCCGAGAACUACAUGAGUCUGACCUGAGCUGUGAUGGCCCUUUGGAGCUGCACACUCUGUCUUUAUUGCCCUCACUGCGUCAAGUCGUGUUUAAAGGAGACAGGCUGCCUUUCCACUGUACUGCCGCGUUAGCGGACAAGAUCACCACAUUGCACUGGCUUCACAAAGGCCAACAAGUCAUUAAUGACCCAGAGAAUGGAGUUUACCUAGAGGAUAGUGUGCUACAUGACUGCACCUUCAUCACCAGCGAGUUGAUUCUGUCGAACAUGAAUGUUGAGGCCAGCGGCGAGUGGGAGUGUGUGGUGUCCACGGGUCGAGGAAACACCUCACGUAGCGUGGAGAUUGUGGUUCUGGAGAACAGCGCUACCUUCUGCCCUGAACAGAGAGUGACCAAUAACAGAGGAGAGUUCAGAUGGCCGAGAACUCUGGCGGGAAUUACUUCAUAUCAGUACUGCCUGCAGCUGCAUUACCCAUCCAUGACUGUAGGAGGCAGUGUGGAACAGAAAAGGGCAUCUCGCUACUGUGACCGCUCGGGACGCUGGGAGGAAGGAGACUACUCUCAGUGCCUCUACACCAAUGACAUCACCAAUGUUCUCCAUACUUUCAUACUGAUGCCCAUCAAUGCCACCAAUGCUGUGACAUUAGCACAUCAGGUGAGGUCAUACACGUUGGAGGCAGCAAGCUUCAAAGACACUGUGGAUGUUCUCUAUGUGGCCCAGAUGGUGCAGAAAUUCAUGGACUAUGUCAAACAGCUACGUGAGCUGUCAGAAGUGCUGGUAGAGAUGGGCAGUAACCUGAUGCAGGUUGAUGAUCAGAUCUUGUCCCGGGCUCAGAGGGAAGAGAGAGCCUGUAGCUCCAUCGUUCACUCUCUGGAGACCCUGGCCUGGCCACAGCUCCACCCCAAUGCCCAGGACCUCUCCAUGAUAUCUCGGAACAUUGUGAUGGAAGCUCAUUUGAUACGUCCUGCUCAGUUCACCGGCAUGAGCUGCACUGCCUAUCAAAGACGUGAAAGCUCUGGAGCCAGUUCUGGCUUGGACACAACAGACUCCAUCCAUGAGCAGCAGUUGCGCUUCCGUUGUACCACAGGAACCCACAACGCUUCGCUAAAUGCUUUCCCUUUAAAGAAUGCCAUAGCACUUGCUUCAGUCUCUCUACCUUCAUCCCUCUUUCCUCCAACUGCUCCCAUGGACUGUAAACUGCAGUUUGUGGCUUUUCGCACCGGGCGAUUCUUCCCUUUUGUGGGAAACUCCAGCAGCCUGUCAGACCACGCUCGAAGACGCAGUGUCAACACGCCUGUCAUCUAUGUAGGCCUUGAUGGAUGCACCAUGUGGAACCAGUCAGCUCCCAUCAUCGUGUCGCUGCGGCACAUGUCACCUGGCAGUGACCCCGUGGCUGCCCAUUGGAGUCUUCAGGCGCUCAAGCAUCAUGGGAGUUGGAGUUCAGAUGGCUGCCAGUUAGCUCACAGUGACUCAAGCAUUUCUACUUUACGCUGCUCUGUGCUCAGCAACUACGCUGUGCUUCAGGAGAUACCCGAUUUCCCAGGUUUGUCUCCUGCUCCAGUGGAAGUGCUCCACCCAGUGGUUUACACCUGCACUGCAGUUCUCCUCCUCUGCCUCUUCACCAUCAUCUUCACAUACAUACUGCAUCACAGUUCAGUCAGAAUUAGUAGGAAAAGUUGGCACACCCUCCUCAACACCUGUUUCCACAUUGCCAUGAUGACCGCAGUGUUUGCUGGGGGCAUCACUCUAACCAGCUACCCCAUCGUGUGCCAGGCAGUGGGGAUUGUCCUGCAUUAUUCUUCUCUGUCCACCCUGUUGUGGAUUGGUGUUAGCGCACGUGUACUCUAUAAGGAGGCCUUAUUGCGGACACCGAGACAACCAGAGGGAGAGGCUGUUGUGCUGCCCACCCAGCGGCCCAUGCUCAGGUUUUAUUUAAUAGCUGGGGGCGUUCCCCUCAUCAUAUGCGGGAUCACUGCAGCUGUGAACAUCAACAACUAUGGAGACAACAUUCCUUACUGCUGGUUGGUAUGGCAACCUAGUAUUGGUGCAUUCUACGUUCCGGCUGGCCUGGUGAUCUUGGUGACCUGGAUCUACUUCCUGUGUACCGUGGCCCGCUUGAGGUACCGCAACUCCCAGAGGGCUAAAGACCCUCCGUGUUCUGCCUCUGGCUCCACCCCCUUGCCCGAGGGACAACCAGCUCUUAGUGGCAGCACCAGCUUGCUUUCGACUGACUCUGUGGUUGGCCCAAUGCAUGCUGGGAUUACAGUGGAGGACCAGUACUCGCUGAAGGCACAGUUCUUGGCGCUUGUGGCGACUCAGUUUGUGUUUUUGCUUCUAUGGUGCUGCGGAGCAAUGACAAUGUGGUACACAGACAGAGAGAGGAAACUUUUCAGCUGUUUGUAUGGGGGAACAGCCACUGGGUUGGGAAUCUUCUUGGUGCUCCAUCACUGUUUCAAGCGCUUAGACGUCCAAGCAGCCUGGCUAGGGUGUUGCCCAGGGUAUCAUCGCUCCCAGCCCAUUCCCGCCUACAGCCACCCUUGUACCACCACUGCUGGGGUCCAAAGCACCUCAGACAGGGGUUCACAGCUUUUUGUGGGAUGCCAUCCUCUGGCAGAGCCCAACAACUACUCUUCUUCUGCCAGGUCAUCCUCUACUCCCAGCGGCACAAGCAGCAUUGGCACUGGACCCUGUAAGCUCACCAACCUCUUGCAGGUGACACAAGACAACGCUAACAACACUACCCGUGCUUUGGCAGGCACCAACACCAACACUAGCACAAGCACGGAGAACACCAAUAGCAAGCCUGCUAACAACCUGCUACCCAGUAUAAGCACCACACUGCCUGCUCAGCAGCCACAACGGCGGAAGACAAGCAGUAGAACUAAGGCAGGAAGUACCCAGUACCACCACCGGGGGGAGGGAAGGGGACACUAUCGGCUCAAGGCACUACGGGGAGCUGGGGGUGGGGGCAGCGUGGGCGCCCUGGGUCCACCUGGGAUGGACCAGGUCAGCAUCCAUCACCUUCACAGACACGCUUCCAGUGAAAACGGAAGCCUCCGGAACAGUCAUUCGGAGAGCCAGAAUGGACCGCUGACCAAUGGGAGGCACCGUGGAGAGGGACUAGCGACAAGCCCUUCGGAAGGAAGUGAUGGCGGCAGCAGUGGAAGUAGGAAGCCCUUUCCGCUGCUGCCGUCAGUGGCAAGUCGGGUCGCUGUGCAGCAGAACGUGCAGAGGCGCAGUGCUAGCAGGGACAACCUCAAACUGGCCGCUGCGGCUGACAGAGACUCUAAGCGGAGCUCAUUCCCACUGAACAUUGCCACAACAGCAGUGACCGGGACAGUCACCGGGACAACCUUGUCAACAACAGCUGCCGCACCAAACGGAACACUAAAAGGAUCUGUGAUUGAAUUGGACACGAGUGGAACUGACCAAUCGCAUGGGUCAGUCGGGAUGAGGAGCGGGAUCUGGAAGAGUGAGACGACAGUGUGAUGCUAGAAAGCAGCUAGGGUUCUGUGUUUUUAGGGAAGUACCCCUCGUGCGAUGGGAGCCAAAAGCCUCAGUUGCGUUUGUCACCAGUGAAACCUCUUACUUCCUCUCUGAUUAGCCUCCUGUCCUUUUUAUUUUCAUAAAUGCUCAGUAGCUUUGAACAAUCUGCACCUUCCUGAAAUGCACCAGACGGUUCAGCAGAUAACUAAGUGAAGUUGAGGCUUGAGAAGGGGACCUGUCCUGUUCAGUCCCAGAUGUGGGAAAACUGAUAAAUGUGCUUGGCGUUCUUCGUUCUUUUGAAGUGAAGGGAUGUAUAUGCAAAAGCUGACCCCUCCAAAAUAUGUUUUGUCAAGAAAUGUGCAAGUAUUGUUUGUGAUUGUGUCUGUCUUAUUACAGUAUUAUCUAAAAUGGGUUUAAAGCUAUAGAAGGUGUUGCAGUACCGUAAGGUAUCUUUAAGCUCAAAUUUAUCCAUUUUUGAUCUUUGUUUCUAUGCAUACCAAUGGAGAUAGAUCUUGAGCUGCAUUCCAAGUUCAUUUUCAGAGAGCUGUUUGUGUUUUGCUUCUACACCCUUUUUCUACUUAAUGUGCUUGUCUUGCUUUUGUGAGUUAUUUGGUGACUGUGUGAGAGAUGUAUGAUGUCUGAAUGUAUGUAUGUGUGCAUGUAUGAAUGUAUGGAUGUGUCAAUUGACCAUUACAGUAUUUAUAUCCAAUCGCUCUCUAGCACUGAAAAGUACCUCUUGGCCUUCUCUAGUCAUACCAACAUUGAUGCUGAAAAGGAGGACUCGUUGCAAAUUACCUCCCUCUCCACAAUUUUCCAUGGCACUGGGAAUGUCGGUCUUUUUCUGCUGAUAACGGUCUGUUCUAAAGCAGGAAGUAACCCAUUCUGUUCCAUCACUGUCCCCCUUUUGGUGUAGGCCAAGACUGUAAUCAAAAACAUGGGUCUAUACUGCCCUCUGGUGGACCAAUUUUGCCAUUUAUCCAUUCUAUAAGAUCCAUCAUAUCCGCUAGAGUUUGGACGUAAGAAACUGUGACCAUAUUACAACAGCCAAAAAUCAGAGAUGCUGUUGUUGCUUUAUUGAAAACGUUGUGUGGAUAAGUAUAAUUUGUACUAUUUUAAUCAUGUAUAACAUGGUUUUCCCCAUAGCACUUGGAUAUUACCCCCGCACCAUCAUGGUGGCCCAAAUGAAGACAAAGAAUGAACCUUUUUAUAUAUAUAAUAUUCAUGUCAGUAUUAGCAGAUUCAGGGUUUUUUUUUUGUUUCAGGCAUAUUAUUGCUUUGUAAUUUAUACACUAUCACCAUUGUUAAACUGAAGUUUUGUUCACUGUUAACUUUUCCACACAGGUGUUCCCAAACGUCAUUCAAAGUACUGUUUGGAAGGAGCUCUUUGAAGUCUCUAGUGAUAAUGGGACAGUUUACCUGAAAAUAUUACAUCUAGCUUAGACUGAAAAAAGGUUUUCAUUGCGGAGUGUUGUAUGGUAGUCAUUUAGACUUACUUGGUGUGAAGAAAACUUUUAAUGAGGUUCCUCAGCUUUUUCUUAUAUGAGUACCCCAGUCUCAAGGGGGGAAAACAGUGUUAGGCACAAGACAAUCAUUUCAUUCACAGGUCCUGCACUACGCUAACAGUCAGCCUGUUGUUAUUUAUGGUGCCAUAUGCAAUGUCGACUUUCAGCAGUGUAAUUGCAAUAUCAAGCUUUGUUCAUGCUUCACAUCGUCAGUCUGCCCUAGAUUAGUUUAGUUACUGCCUGCUUUUCUUUAACACGUAUGUUCAGGGAUUUUUAUGCCAAAGAAGCUUUGUGUUUAACACCUACUUCAUGUCACCAUAUUUCCAAGUAAGAUUCUUUCCUCUUUCUCUGUCCUUACACAUCAGAAAUCUCCCUACGAUGUCAAAAAUUAAGCAAAAUUCAAAAACACACUAGAAGACCCAGAAUUUGGGAAAGCAAUAUUUAUUGACACAUGGCAUGUUUGGCAAACAGAGCCAUGUGCUUGUUAUAGUGUAGUUAUGGUUCCAGUCGGUUGUCUUGGUGAAAUGACCUGACUGUGUGAGAGGGUGGAGGAUUCUUUUAAAAGCAGAAAUGCGUCUUCUUGCUCACUGUGAUCAGACAGUCAUCGUUCCCGUUCGCAACACCACAUGACUGCAGUGAGUUACAAGGAUUCAUUCAAAAAAGUUCAAUGUGGUGUUUAAAAGUGCCGCGGUUUCACAAGCCAUAAUGAUUAUUCCAUUAACAGUUCUGAAUUUUCGGUCAGUACAAAUUCAGUAGGUUCUUUAACUAACAGACUCUCUACUCUCUCUGCUGUCAUCUCAAAGUUUUAAAAAGGGAGAUUUCAAAAGUUUCAUGUGUAUUUAUGUGUCACGUCGCAUUGAUGGAAAUUAAAACUUUUUUUUUUUCAGUUUCAGUAAUAUAUUUGCUGUUAAGUUUGUGCCUUAUCAAAAAAUCUGAUGCAAAGUAAAGAAAAUAAAAUAAUUA